AUGGCCCUCGAACCCCCCCCCGGCCCGCGGGCCACGCGCCUCCAGCAGGUCUACACGGCGUCGCUGACGCGCACGCUCGACAAGCUCUCGUACGACAACCUGUCCGGGUGCUACCCGACCAUUGCGCGGCGCGCGUCGCCGCUCCUGCGCCAGGUCCAGGCCCAGAUGGUCGACAAGCUGCGCGACAAGAGCGACCGCGAGUUUGCCGGCAUCCUGCGCGCGCGCGACGUGGUGCGCAAGCUCAACCACCUCGAGGGGCUGAUUGCCGACGCCGAGGGCCGCCGCAAAGAAGCCGAAGCCGAAGCCGAAGCCGCCGCCGUCGCCGCGGACCUCGCCGCGGACGUCAAGCCACCCCAUCGCCUGCCGCCGCGGGAGAUUCUCAACGCGCACCUCGACGCCCGGCUGGCGGAGCACGUGGCCCUGCUGGACGCGCGGCUGCAGACGACGCAGGCGCAAAACGCCCUGCUGGCGGACCUGGUGCGCCAGCAGCGCGGGGAGAUGAGCGCCCUGCUGGCGGGGCUGGAGCGCGCGGUGGACGAUGUGCGCGGCGCGAACGCCGUCCUGGGCCCGGCGGCGGACCGGCUGGCCGGCGAGGCGAGGCGCGAUGCCGGCUUGGGGGGGUGA